UUUAGUUUUGGACGGAAAUAAUACGAUUUUUGGUUCGAUUUGGAAAUUACUAAAACGCAACGAGGUGGCGUGUACACUUGGAGGCAAAGAAAGAAAGAGAGGGGGCGACGCAUUCAGGCGAAGAUUGAUCCUUUGAACAAAGUGAUCGAGUCCCCGAAUGAAUGAAUGAAUGAAUGAAAUGUAGCUGUCGCUUGUUGUUGGAGCUGCUGCCGCCUGGGCGCACGCGCAGAAGGGCACGCCGCGGGUGCUUUGCAUCCGGGAACGUGGAACUGGUGCCCGGGUCACGUGACGCCUAUUAUUCCGCCAUCUUGUCACCGAGGAGAGUAGGAACGCUGAGAGAAAACCUUUCCUGUUCGCGGUCCGUGCAGUAGUGAAUUGACGGAGAAAAGAAAAUGGCAGCAGAAACGCAAACCCUUAACUUUGGGCCUGAAUGGCUUCGUGCAUUGUCAAGUGGUGGGAGUAUUACCUCCCCACCCCUCUCACCAGCAUUGCCAAAGUAUAAAUUAGCAGAUUACCGUUAUGGACGAGAAGAAAUGCUAGCACUUUAUGUAAAGGAUCUCAAGAUUCCUGUAGAUCUAACUGAUAAGGAGUUUCUUCCUAUUUUACAAGAGGAGCCCCUACCACCUUUAGCACUUGUGCCAUUUACAGAAGAAGAACAGAGAAAUUUUUCUAUGUCUGUAAAUAGUACAGCAGUACUGAGAUUAAUGGGACGAGGUGGAGGAACUGUGGUUGGGGCACCAAGAGGUAGAAGUUCCUCAAGAGGUAGAGUAUUGACAUCAAGUACUCCCAGAACGGAUUUGAAAUUUUCCCCAUUAAAGUUAUUCAUGAAGGGUUUAUUUUGGGGAGAACGGCGGUUUGAAAAACCAGGGCGAAAAGAACCAGGUUCGAGUCAUCCUAAGGACCAACAUGCCAACUUGGGUGCUCCAAAUGAUUUCCUCUCAUCCUCUGGGUUUCUUUCAAAAUCAGGGAGACCAUCUUUUGAAGAAAUGGGAUCAUCAACAAGGAAGCAUGAAUUCACCCGUUCAGAGAGUGAGAAUUGGCGAGUCAGUAGGGAUGAGCAGAAUGGUGACGACGACGAUGGAGGUUGGCGUUUAGCAGGACCUCGUCGGGAAGGGGACAGAUGGCAGCCUCAUAGUCCAGGUUGGAGAGAGCCCACAGAACGCAGAAGACGGUUUGAUUUUGAGUACCGAGAUAAAGAUGAUGAACGCGGUCAUCGACGAGUGCGCUCUGGUAGUGGUAGUGUGGAUGAUGAAAAAGAUAGCCUGCCAGAAUGGUGUCUGGAGGAUGCAGAGGAGGAGAUGGGAACGUUUGAUUCUUCUGGAGCGUUUUUGUCUUUAAAGAAAGCUCCGAAAGAACCUAUUCCAGAGGAACAGGAAUUGGACUUUAAACAGUUGGAGGAUGGAGAAGAGAGAUCAAAUUCAGAGGACAGUGAAAAGGAAGAAGCUAAGGAGCCUGAUAAGAGAACCAAGGAAAAGACUGAUGAAGAAACAAAUAAAACUGAAGAGAACAAAGAUGUAUCCCGUACAAAUUCAUCGCCAUCUCCUUUGGAGCCUCAGAUGUCAAUAGUUGCUAGCCCACCCAAAAGGGAAGAAAAGGUGCAAGAGAAAACUGACAAAAUUGAGGAUGCACAACAAAAGUCUGUCAAGGAAGUGAUGGAUACCUCAGCCCCUUAUCAAAAACCUUUAAUUCCAUCUGUUAAUAGCACUAAUACUACUACUGCUGCUACAACUACAACUACGGCAUCGCCUUCACCCAAGAUCACAGCCGUUGCAAACCGGAACAUACCUCAGGAUAAUGAUGAUGAUGAAGGGCUAAAACAUCUUGAGCAGGAAGCCGAAAAGAUGGUAGCAUCAUUGCAGGAUAAUGCCUUAGAUGAUGAAAGACUAUCAACACAAAUUCAGGAUAAACGAACUAAAGCUGCCUCCAUGCCAUUGACACAUGAUGCUGCUAUGAAAUGGUUUUAUAAAGAUCCACAAGGAGAAAUACAAGGACCGUUCACUAACCAAGAAAUGGCAGAAUGGUUCCAGGCUGGCUACUUCACAAUGUCUUUAUUCGUAAAGAGAGGCUGUGAUGAGGGUUUCCAGCCAUUGGGAGAGGUUAUUAAGAUGUGGGGCAGAGUACCUUUUGCUCCAGGACCGUCUCCUCCUCCAUUGCUGGGUGACCUGGACCAGGAAAGACUGAAGAGACAACAGGAGCUUGCUACUUUGAAUUUGUAUCAGAUGCAGCAGAUACAGUGCCAGCAGCUUCUGCAGGCGCAGCUUAUGACCCGGCAACAAUAUGCACAAGCAAUAGCACAUCAUCAAAAGGCAGCUGUGGAAGCCAUAACAACGCAGCAGCAACAGCAGCAACAACAACAACUAGCCGUCAUACUUGAGCAGUUUCAAGCCUUAAAGUUAAGAUCCUCAGAGCAAGGUCUGAUGCCUCCAGCAACACGUUCCAUGAGUGUGCCUGAUAGUGCCUCAAUAUGGGAAUUGCAGGCUGCAACAUCUCAACCCUCAGGUUGGGAUGGUGGUAGCGUGUGGGACUUGCCAGUCGAUGCCCCGGUUCAGGGAACCGCAGUCGAGCAAAUCCAGCAGAUUGAGAGAGGAAAAGCUGUCAAGCUUGAGCAAGAAAAGAGGGAUGCAGAAAUUAGAGCUAAAAGGGAGGAGGAGGAAAGAAAACGACAAGAAAUCCGUCGCCAUCAGGAAGAGCUUUUGCGAAGGCAAGAGGAAGAGAGAAAACGAAAAGAGGAAGAGGAACUUGCAAGGAGGAAACAGGAAGAAGCACUCCAGCGCCAAAGAGACCAUGAAGCAGCAGUUCGUCAGCAAAAGGAAGAGGAGGAGCGACAACAGGAAGAAGCCCGCCGGCAUGAAGAAAGGCAGAGGGAAGAGGAAGAAAGACGUCAAAAGGAAGAAAUCCUUCGAAAACAGGAAGAAGAGCGGCGACGUAAAGAUGAAGAGGCAGCACGGUGGGUGAUAGAGGAGGAAGAAACUCGGCGACGAAUGGAAGAAGAUAACCGCCUCCGAAUGGAGGAGGAGAAUAGACUCCGACUAGAAGAGGAGGAACAAAAACGCAAAGAUAUAGAGCGUCAUAAAGAGCUGCAGAAACAGGAGUCCAUACGACAAAGACAACAGCAACAAGAGGCACUGAGACGUUUACAGCAACAGCAGCAACAACAACAGCUAGCACAAAUGAAGCUUCCUUCCUCUUCAACAUGGGGCCAGCAGUCAUCAUCAGUUUCAUCGCAAACCCAGAGUACGCUAUCACUAGCUGAAAUACAGAAACUGGAGGAGGAAAGAGAGCGGCAGCUACGCGAAGAGCAACGGCGGCAGCAACAGGAUUUGAUGAAAAUUUUGCAACAACAAAAUCAACAGCAGAAACUGUCAGGAUGGGGAAAUAUUCCCAAACCUUCAGUCACUACCAAAUCACUUCUGGAGAUACAGCAAGAGGAGUUCAAGCAAAUGCAAAAACAACAGGAGAACAAGACACAGACAAGAGCAUCAGCAGCAGUAAAGCUUAAUCUCUCUGCUUGUCAUGAGGAAUCAUCGUUUAAGAAUGCUGUAACAAUGAAAAGAGAGGAAGCAUCAACUAAGCGAAUAGGAUCAGAGCGGAACCACCAUUCCAGUUUACCAGUUAGCACUACUUCUGUAUGGGGUUCAGUAAAUGCCAGUUCUGCCAACCAGUGGGGAACAGACAUUAGCAGUGUAUGGGGUGCUCCAGACCACAAGAACACAAAUGUGGGCUUCUGGGAUGAGGCUGUGAAAGAAGUUGGUCCUCCAGCAAGAAACCAGCUCUCCAAAAGUAACAAGAACAAUUCUAACCCUGGAAAGUCACAUGGAGUUCAGAAUAAAGCAAAUAAAAAGGCCGAAGAGGAGGAAAAGCUAAUGAAGUUGUUUCAGGGUGUGAACAAGUCACAAGAUGGAUUUACAUUAUGGUGUGAACAGAUGUUGCACGUUCUCAACACAGCCAAUAAUUUGGAUGUCCCUACAUUUGUCUCAUUUUUGAAAGAAGUUGACUCUCCUUAUGAAGUCCAUGAUUAUGUCCGAGCUUACCUUGGUGACACGCCAGAAACAAAAGACUUUGCAAAGCAAUUCCUAGACCGACGUGCCAAACAGAAAGCCAACCAACAACGCCAACAGCAACAGCAGCCAGUACGGCAGCAACAGGAUUCAGCAUGGACGGUGAGUCAUACAGGCCUACAGCCUAUCUAUCCAUCAAAUCACAGCAGAAAUCAACAGUCUAAUUUUGAAUCUGUGCAGUCUGGGAAAAAGAAGAAAAAACAGAAGAUGAUACGUGCUGAUCCCAGCAUUUUAGGUUUUUCUGUAAAUGCUUCAUCUGAGCGUCUGAACAUGGGAGAAAUUGAGACACUUGAUGACUACUGAACAUAAGAAAAUGCUUGAUUUAUUUAAAAAAAAAAUGAGUUGUUAAUCAUGAAUUCUGAAUGCACCAACCAAUAUCAGUUAAUUAAAAAAAACAAAUCUAUCACCUUGAGUUCAUGUCUGUCUUUGUACUUCAACACACCUGUUUCUCAUGGCCCUUCAUUACAUAGUACAAUCAUGUUUCAAGUACAGAGCAGUCUCUUCAAAAGCCUCUGCACCAAACUGCAUGUUUUCAAGCAUUGAAUCACGUUUUCCACUGUGUAAUAUUAAUGGUGCAGUUAAACAUAGUACCCUUUGUUAUAUAGAAACCUGUUUCCUUAUCACUAUUAUUGGACUUUAUUCAGAAUACAUGAUUAACUGGUCUAUUCAAUGUUGGUCACGUUAACAUCCAUUCUUUGAACAUUACAGAACAAUCGUGUCAGUAAUGUAUUUAUAAGCUAAUUCUAUAAUACACAUGUUGAAGUGCUUGCUUUAGUACUGAGGUGUAUUAAAAGUGGUUUGGAUAUUUUAAGGAUAUCCAAUAUGUUUCUGUAAGAAUAACACCUAUUCUGUCUAGCCCAUUUUAAAGAGAUUUUAGACUAUGUUUUUGGCCUUGUACAGUCUUUUGAAAUUAAUAUAUUUGCGAUAUUGAAUACACUAUAGCUGUCAUAAAAUAUGCAGUUAUAAACAAAGCGUUAGUUAAAAUAUUUCCAGAAAUUCAAAAAUCACGGUAUUCUUUGUUAUACAGUUGCUGCAUGAAGGCUGCAAUGUGUAACUAGAGACAUUUUAAAAAUUUCAGUUUGAUACUGUUCAACAUGCAUGUGCAGGCCAUUGCCCAGGAAGAAGCUUUUUCUCUUAAAAGGGCUGUACCCACUUCUUGUUCAGGUUAUAUUUUAAAAUUGUUGAAAAUCAAAUCUUUUACAGCAUCUUGGUCUAAUCAAAGUUUGUUUUGCAACAUAAAGAUGGCUAUGGAAAAAAAAAUGCUGCAGUACUGUAUGCCACCAGUUAUAGUGCAACAUUGAAUUUGCAACUUAUUUACUGUAUUUAGGUGUACAGAAGAUUCCCUUUGAAAGGGAACUUGGGUAAUUGACCCUUUGGUGACUGAAGGACUCUUUUAGUUUCUGAGAAACAUGUUUUGAAUCACUUUUUUUUAAAAAUAAGAUUCUGUAAAAACAUAAUGCUAAAUAUUAGACUGACAAGUUAUAUACACAGAACAUGUCUCUAGUGUACAUUCGGAAUUAAAAUGCAGUGGAUCCUGUUUAUUGUCACUGCUUUCUUCAUGUCACUUUUCUAAAGCCAAUAUUUUUAAUGGUUUUUCAAUUCUGUUCAAAUUACUUUGGGUUUGUUUUU